AUGUCAGAAAAACUGACAAAACUUUUUAAUUUGUGUGUUAAAGAGGUAGAUAACAAAGUCGAACAAAUCGAAACCUUAUCUGUAUUGUAUCUAUUGACACCGAUAAGAAAUCAAAAAAUAAAUAUCCAAUUUUAUUUCAAAUAAGUCAAAAAUGAGCGUUGUUGUUCGAUGCAUAUCAUUAAUUUUAAAUGUUGUUCUUGGGUUACUUUCGAUUGUUGUCGCAGGAUAUGGAAUUAUUUUAAUAAAUAAUGAAAACAAAACUCGACCUGUCAGCUCAGCUUCUUUUGGAGCUCGAUUCAGUGCUCUGGGAAUAGUGACAUUUCUCGUGUCCUUUUUCGGCUGUUGUGGAUCCAUUAAAGAUAAUAUAAAAUUUUUGUCGAGUUGUUGUUUGUACGCUUGCUUUGUUGUGUUUGCGUGGGAGCACUUUCGAUAAGAUUAUUUAAUUUGCUUGAAGAUUUAUUCGGAAUGUGGAAGACCACAGUGAAAUUUAUGUAUAUUGCGUCUCGUUGAUACUAUAAAAUACGUUCUCCUGUAUCUAUUAACGUUGUAAUAAAAACCUAAA